AUGGUUGCAGAAAAUAAGAAAGGUGACUAUUCUAACGAGAUAUUGGAGGUGAAUUCCAAUAUGGAUAUCGAGGACCAGGGUAUAGAAACCAUUGUUUCUCCUCAUACUGGUAAAGUGGUCAAUAUUACUGCUGAUAUGGAUGAAGCCAUGAAAUAUGCGGAAAACGAAAAGCUGAUCGAAAUUGAUAAAAAGACAAACAGAAGGAUUCUCCGUAAAAUAGAUAUGUGCUUGAUGCCCAUAAUGUGUUUGUUAUAUUGCUUUCAGUUCAUGGAUAAGUUAUCCAACUCUUUUGCUUCGAUCUUGGGGUUGAGAGAGGACUUGAAUAUGGUUGGUGACAUGUACUCGUGGACCGGGACAUCAUUUUAUCUUGGUUAUUUGGUUUUUGAGUUUCCAGCGUCUAUGCUAUUGCAAAGAUUUCCUGUAGUCAAAACAGUAUCUAUAUUUAUUAUUAUGUGGGGAGUUAUUUUGUGUUUGCAUUCUAUUCCUCAAUAUGCCGGCUUUAUUGCUUUGAGAACGAUCUUAGGAAUGCUAGAAAGUUCUGUUACUCCCGCAUUUGUCAUUUUGACAAGUCAGUGGUAUAAGAAAGAAGAACAAUUCAUAAGAACAGCUUUAUGGUUUAGUUGUAACGGAAUUGGUCAGAUAUUAGGCUCUAGUGCCAUUGCAUACAACGUUUAUAUUGAUCAGGAAAAAUAUUCUUUGGAAGCCUGGAAGCUCAUCUUCAUUAUUACAGGAUGUCUAACGGUCUUCUUAGGUUUUGUUGUUAUGUUCCAUUUCCCUGAUACACCGACUAAGGCUUGGUUUUUAAACGACAAAGAGAAGAUACUAGUUGUAGAAAGGAUUAGAACUAAUCAACAGGGAUUUGGAAAUAAACAUUUUAAGAAACAUCAGUUUAUUGAAGCACUUUUGGACUUUAAGACUUGGUUAUUCUUUAUAUUUUCAAUUGCAAAUAACAUACCAAAUGGUGGUAUAACCAACUUUGGUAGUAUUUUGUUAACAGGAAUGGGUUAUUCAUCUGCUGAUGCCUUGUUGAUGCAAAUGCCUGCUGGUGCCGUUGAAGUUGUUGGAUGCACUUUGUUGGCUUGUGGAGUUCUUUUUUAUCCGUAUCGUUUAUUUUGGGCAAUAGUUGGAGCUAUCAUUGUAAUUAUAUCAGAAUGUAUGUUGGCAUUCAGUUCCAAUGUUAAAGUGCAGUAUGCUGGUUUCUGUUUAUACACAUUAUCACCUAUUGGAUUUAUUUGUUUGUUGUCUAUUAUUGCUUCUAAUGUGGCGGGCCACACUAAGAAGGUUACUACAAAUGCUAUUUAUUUAAUUGGUUACUGCGUUGGAAAUUUAAUAGGCCCCCAAACAUUCAUAGAUAAACAGGCUCCUGGAUAUUCCGGAGCUAAAAUAUCAAUUGUUGUUAACGGUUGUGUUUCAUUGAUGGUUCUUAUUUUGAUAUGGUAUUCGUAUUGGGUGGAUAACAAGAAAAGGGAUAAGAAUUUGGACAAAGCUGAAAAUGUGGAACAUCUUGAAUUCGCUGAUUUAACCGAUAAAGAAAAUCCAGCCUUCAGAUAUGAACUAUAG